AUGUAUCCACAACCUUUGAUUGGAGCGAUUGAGCGCGAAUCGGUGUGGCGACGAGGCGACACGAUCUUCGGCUGGCGACGGCAGCCCGCAGGUGCAGCUUUGACAGGGGGUCUCCGCCACACGCCUACAGGAAACCGGACUCAGAAAGCAAUCUACGGGUUGAAAGAUCAAAAGCGGUUAGUCUCAACUUCCACAAAGUUCUGA